AUGAUCACUGUUGGCCAACUCAUUUGCCACACUACAACCCGGAAGUGGCUAGUAUGUAAGCUAACGUAACUUAACGAGCGAAGUAGUCUUGUGAAUUCUGCAGGUUGUCUUAGCAGGGUGAUGUUUGGGGGAUAUGAGGAGAGACUGGCGCUGGAAGAUGAGCUGUAUGGAGAGGGGGAGGAGUCAGGCGGGUCAGAGGUUGACGACAGCGAAUUAGAAUUCAGGCUCUACAGCCAGCUCCAUUACUCCUCCAAUCCAGGAGAUGGGGUGGAGGAGGGCCAGGGGCUGGGGGAAGAGACCUGCAGAGAGAAGGGUGGAAUUGAGGAGGAGGAGCUGCAGAAGAGCAAGGCCGAACAGCACUUAACCCUGUCACAUGAUCUCAGUGGCAAGGAUCUACGGCAACACCUGGUGGGGGACACAGAGCAGAAAAAGUUGACAAGUAAAAAAGUCAGACAAAAAAGCCAACUGAAUGUGAAACAGCAGAGAGACGUCUCCAAAGGUGACCCCAAAGUUCAAAGGUUGUUCCAGGAAGUCAUUGUCAUAGACUUGGGCAGUGAUGAUGUCAUCACGGUCUCAGACAACACCGAGGAUGAUGAAGGGGUGUGUAACCUGAAAUGUCUCAAUUUGCCAACUGGACCCGCGAAGACCUCGACCCCGGUCUUGCAGCGGAACUCGGCGAAAGUUUCUGCGAGCGGCAUCAGCAUGGACUCCGAUUCGGUGCUGGUCUUGGAUUCGGAUUCUGAAUCGGAGUCAGAAUCGGAUUCUGACGGUCUGGAGAGCUGGAUGAUUCUUGGAACAGGAAAACAAGAUGGUGACCAGAGCAUUAGCCUGAACCUGGAGGGAAGUGGAGAGAUGCAAGAUGGGGACAGUGUGGGAAGCUGGUUGAUAUCAAACAAGGACAAAGAGGCUCAGAUCUUUAACCGACGUUUCAUUGGUCCUUCACCGAGGGGGCGUGUUACUAACCGUUACUAUACCGACAAGAAUGUCACCUGCCGCAGCUGCAAAAAGACCGGACACCUGUCCAAGAAUUGUCCUACACCCAAGAAGGAUCCGUGCUGUAUGUUGUGUGGGGAGCCCGGUCACCGGAUCCAGAGUUGCCCCAGCCGGCACUGUAACCGAUGUGGCCUCCCCGGUCAUGAGUAUGCGGCGUGUCACGGGCCCAACCUCCGCUUCAAACAGUGUCACCGCUGCGGGAUGCAUGGGCAUCUCAACAACACCUGCCCAGAGAUCUGGAGACAAUACCACAUCACGACUAAGUCAGGUCCCCUGGUGACGUUACCAGGGAAUGACGCUGCUUCCAACAACCUUCCCUACUGUUACAACUGUUCCCAUAGAGGACACUUUGGAUUUGACUGCUCACAGAGGAGGAUGUUUGCAGGAAUACUUCCCUGCUCUCCGUUUAUCAACCACUACGACUCACCCAGUGAUCUCCGCAAGCUGGAAGUCCGCACUCGGCAUAGAGUUAAAGAGUUAAAGGAUGCAGGUGUUUUUCAGUCCCAGCUCUCACCACAGAGUGGCGCCAGAGACGAGCCACCCGGUAAACGUCAGCGACCCAACCCCAGCCCGUACUCCAAACGUAAACACAGUGAUGCGCCUGUCCGUACUCACAUCCGGUUCACCGAUGGUCAGGAGAAACCAUGGACUCCUAAACACAAGUUGAAGGAGAGUGGAGAAGGGAGACAUGUUACUCCAGCCAAAAGCAGCCCGUCUGAGAACAGCCAGCCGCGGGGCCAGAAAGGGCAGAAGAGGAACAAACAGAAACAAGUCCAAAACAAAAUGGCUUCCGUCUCCUCAGCCGUGGAUGACUGUCUGGCCUUCCCCCGCGGAGGGGCCCCCCACCAAAAGAAAGGUCGAAAGGGCCCCCAGUCUUCAGCCGGAGCCCCUCUCCCCUUCAGCACUAAGGGGCCCCCCUCCCAUGCCCCCGAGCGUUUAUUUGGGGCGGAGAAAAAGGGUUUGAGUAAAAACAAGAGGAGGAGGGCCAAUGGCAGGGAGAGGAAGGCUAAGAUGACCAGUGAGGAGAUGUACCCUUCAGAUGAAAACCUGUUCCUCAUCAAGCAGAGGAAACCAAGAAGAUAAUUGGGUGCCACCCGUGUGUGUGUGUGUGUGUGUGUGUGUGUGUGUUUGACAGUGUGUGUGAGAGAAAAUACAUAUGUCAAUACAGUGAGUACAGAGACGUCACCACGACAACGUGAUAGCGUAUACAGAGACGUCACCAAGGCCACAUGAUGGUGAAUACAGGGACGUCACCACGACAACGUGAUACUGGGAUGUCACCACGACAGCGUUAUACAGGAAAGUCACCAGGACAUGCAUGCACUGAUUCAGGUCAACCACACGUUGCAGACUAGUGUUAACAGCUGAAGAAGCGAUAAAGAGACGACCCCCCCCCCCUCACCAGAAGACAGUUAAAAGAGCCAUCUGUGUUAACGUGGGUUUUUCUUUGGGUGAUUUUGAUUUUCUUUUUUACUAUCUGAGCUCCUCUCUGCCAAUCAAACCCAAUAUUUUCCUAAAUUGAUUUUUUUUUUUCUUCUCAAAAUUGGACCCUGAAAAUUAGGUGUUUUUUACAGAUUACGGAUCAGAUUAACCUGACUAUCCCUCCCCAGACACAGGGAUUCAUUUAAUUAUAUUAAUUACUGAUCUAUAUCAGAUCCUGUUAGUGUUCCUCUGUGGCAUGGAAACCCAACCAUUCUAAGAUGUUAUAUUUCUGUGGUUCUGGUGAAGGGUUUGUAUUCCCUGGACAUCUCAAAUUAGGAGCGCAGAUUUAGGAUCCUUUUCUGUGUUCUGGAUAAAAAUGUAGGAAUAAAAUCAGCCUUUACGUCUAAGUCUUCCCCUCUGUGAACAUGGGAGCUGUAUGAAAAUGAAUGGAACUCGGACACUUCAAAACUGGGAACCUGUUAUUAAUCACCUGCUUGUGAUGCUAAGAACAAAACAAAAAAGAGUCUUAUCCCUUCGGAGUAAUGUAGUUGUUAUAGAUUAAAGAUCCAUCGCUUUGAUCA